GUUGACAUUUUUUAAUGGAAGCUGUCAAAUAAAGUCUAUUUUUAUUGAAAAAAUAAUGAUUCAAUUAUUGAAUACAAAAAUUCUUUAUAUUAUCGUGAUUUCUUAUGUUCUUGCUGAUAAUUCUGUGAUAAAUAAUGAUUGUUCAUGUGGAAAAAAUUUGAAUAGAGAAAAAUGUAUUAACGAUGAUACAAAUAAAAAUAAUGAAUAUUGUUCUAAAAAUAAUGAUAAAUUUGUCAAUAAUAAUGAUGUGAAAAAUAAUUUUUUACACAAUAAUAAUGAUAAUGAUAAAUAUUUGAAUAUGGUGAGAAUUAAUGGUGAUUCUUAUUUUAUUGGUACAAAUAAACCGGUUUUUGCACCUGAUGGUGAAGGACCACAGCGUGAAGUUAUUUUAGAUAGUUUUUAUAUUGACAAAUAUGAAGUGAGCAAUAAGGAUUUUAAAAAUUUUAUAAAAGCAACAGGACAUAAAACAGAGGCCGAAAAAUUUGGUGAUUCUUUUGUAUUUGAGGGACUUUUAAGUGAAAAACUGAAAUCAACAAUUGAUCAAGCUGUUAAAGCGGCUCCUUGGUGGUUACCUGUGAAAGGUGCUUCAUGGUUACAUCCUGAAGGCAAAGAUUCUAAUAUAUCAGAUAGAUUAGAUCAUCCUGUGGUUCACGUUUCCUGGCACGAUGCAUCAGCAUAUUGCAAAUGGGUUGGAAAGAGAUUACCAACAGAAGCUGAAUGGGAAGUGACAUGUCGAGGUGGUCUAAAAGAUCGUCUUUAUCCUUGGGGAAAUAAACUAACUCCUAAUAACGAGCACAGAGCAAAUAUAUGGCAAGGAGAAUUUCCUGAUAUUAAUACUGGAGAAGAUGGUUUUAUAGGAACAUCUCCUGUUACAAAUUUUCCUCCAAAUAAAUAUGGUGUUUUUAAUAUUGCCGGAAAUGUUUGGGAAUGGACGUCAGAUUGGUGGCAAAUUGAUCAUUCAAAGAAUGAUAUCAAAAAUCCGACGGGAGCCGAUAAUGCAUUGGAUAAAGUGAAAAAAGGUGGUAGUUAUCUUUGUCAUAAAAGUUAUUGUUAUCGAUACAGAUGUGCUGCAAGAAGUCAAAACACACCAGAUACAUCUGCUGGAAAUGUUGGAUUUAGAUGUGCUGUUUCUUAAAAUUUAAUUUUUAAAUUUUCAUACAUUUUUUGUAAAGUCAAUUUUUAAUGUAAAUAAAAUUAUUUAUAUACAAUUAUUAUAA